UAGAGUAUAUGUCAUACUUAUAGACUAGUAUUAGUAGUAUCAAAUUGAUCUAAAUAUGGUAUUCUACACAGUCACAUAGAUCUAGUUAAUCUAGUAAAUAAGUAAUCCGUAGUCUACUAGUACUACUCGGCUACUGCCCUACUGGAGCUGAUUUACUUCGUUGUUUUGCUUAGACUUCUAAUCCACUGAUUCCAGAUCAUCUAGAUUCUAGAUCUAUAUUAUUAUAUAUCUAGAUAGAGGGAGGUACUGAUCUGUUGUUCACUAUUAUUAUUAGUGACUAUUGGUUGGCUUUAUCAGAGGAGUCCAAUGGAAGCUAAUCCAUUUCCUGAAGCUGUAAUAGCGGACUGGUCUUUUCUAGAACAUUCUGAUUCCAGAAGCCACUGUCCAAAAUGUAGAAAGUCUAGAAAAUAUUAUUGCUACACUUGUUUUAUUCCAUUACCUCAUCUUGCUGAACACCUUCCUCAUAUAAAGCUGCCUUUGAAAGUAGAUAUAAUAAAACACCCUAGUGAAAUUGAUGGUAAAAGCACUGCUCCUCAUGCAGCAAUACUUGCACCAUUAGAUGUCACCAUUUAUACUUAUCCUUGUAUACCAGACUAUGACCCAGACAAGGUUGUUUUGGUUUUCCCCUGUGAAGACUCCUUAACUCUUGAAGAAAUAUCAAAAGCUAGUUCAAAUAGUUUGAAAAAACAAGAAUUAAAUGUCAAUUUAGAAACAACAGAAAAAGUAGUAUGCCAUAAUAGUUUAGACUCUGGUGAAAAUGGCAAUGUUUCAAUUAAUUUAAAAGUUUCAGAGGCUAAGACUAUUCACAUUGGCAGUGAUAGAGAAGAGGAGACAGAACAGACAAAAGGUGAAAACAAAUUGACAGAUGCUAAAAGUCUUCCAUUCGAAAGAGUGGUUUUUAUUGACUCUACUUGGAACCAGACCAAUAAUAUUGUUACAGAUGAAAGAUUAAAAAAUCUUAAAAAGAUAGAAUUGAGUUCUCACAAUACUCAGUUCUGGCGAUGUCAAGAUGGAAUACCAAGGACCUACUUGUCAACAAUUGAAGCCAUAUAUUAUUUUCUUGUAGAUUUUCAUCGCCUUUUUAUUAAUCCAGAGUAUAACCAUGAAUAUGACAACAUGUUAUUUUUCUUUUGUGCCAUGUAUGAAAAAAUUCGUAGUAGUUUAAAUUCCAAAAGUGGAAAACGUUUGAAAGCCUAUGAGCGUUAGCAAAAAAUAGUUUUAUCAUAUUUUUGUUUCCCAAAAUUAAAUUGAUUCCUUGUUUUA